AUGGCUAUCAAUCCAACGAAUCUGCCGAGGGACACGCCGCCCGGGGUGAUCAACCCCUACCAGAACCUGGAGGUGAUCACCCACAAGAAAUUCAUCUCCCACCUGGGCAUCGCCUUCGUCGACCUGAAAACGGUGCACCGGCAGUGGAUGCGUGGCAGCAAGACGCUGCUGCGCAAGGUGUGCGGCCAGUUCAACUACGGCACGCUGAACGCCAUUCUCGGGCCGUGGCAGUCGGGCAAGACGACGCUGCUGAAAUCGCUGGCAGGGCGGAACAACGAGGAGAUCGACCACGAAACGCAGUUCUUCAUCAACGGCGACGUGCCGCCAAGGGCGGUCUACCUCGACAAGGACACCAACACCAACAUACUGCUCAGUCUGACGGUGGACGAGUGCCUCGACUUUGCCUUUCGCUUUCGCAACCCCAGCUGGCGCGGGGGCAACCGGGCGGAGCGUCGCGCCACCGUCAAGGAGUUGCUGCGCAACUUUGAGCUGAAGGACAUCCAGGACAUUGAGCUGCGCUUCUGCACCAAUGAGGAGCAGAUUCGCGCCCAGGUGGCCAUGGCGCUCUGCACCGUCGACAAGCCCAACAUGAUCUUCAUUGAUGAGCCGCUGCACGACCUGGACGCGGUGGGAAUUGAAAAUCUUGUUGUACUGCUUAAGACGCUGUGUCGCGUCUACUCCAUCGCCGUCAUCUUCUCCGUCGGCCAGGUACUGGACUCCGACAUACUGGCGGUUUUUGAUAAGCUGUACGUGCUCUCGCGCGGCGGCCUGUGCGUGUACGAGGGCAGCGUCGACCACAUGUCGCUGUACCUGCGCGAGGCAGAGGUGGCCAUCAGCUCGAAGAUCCAGACGCCCAUGGAGCGCCUGAUGAAGGUGGCCAGCAAGCCGAGUCAGGUGACACUGCGCCUGGCCAACCAGACGCUGACCACCCGAACGGACAUCCUCCACAUGGCGCAGAAGUUCGGCGUGCCGGCGCCGAACGGCAUCCAAACGGAGAUGGCCAGCAUCUCACUGCGAACGAUGCUCGACCUCUUCGGGCGCAGCUACACCCACAAGCACCGCAUCUACUGGCGCUCCAUCGUCCUCUACUACCUGAUCAUCGUCCUCUCCACUGUUCUCCUCACCACCGCCUUCACCGACGGCAUCGGCUUGCCCAGCGCCUGCUACAAUCGAUCCGGAAACGUCACCCUGGGCCGCUUUGUCAUCAUCGGCGACCGUGAGGCCAUUGACGAGGGCGUCCUCAAGCACGUCGGCGAGAAGGAGAUUGACAUCAUCGAGGGGCAGAACUUGAUUGAUGAAAAUGUGAAGUUCAUCUUUGUGAUCACCGCCGGGCUGGCGCUCUUUCAGGUGGUCACCUCCGUCAAGGGCCUUAAUGAGGAGGUCAAGGUGGCAAUUAAUGAGCACCGUAAUGAUCCACCUCCAACUUAUGAAGAAUCAACUAGUCUCAAUUAA